AUGCAACCUUUUGCAGCCCGCAGCUCGCUGCUUGUGCACGAUGUUCGCGCGUCACAGCGGCAGUCUUUCGCCGGUCGCAUUAGCCACCGCGUUGCCUCCAGGCUCUCAUUCGCCGGCCCUCCUCUGGAGGAGCGCACCGGGACCGUGACAGGCACCGUCAUCAAUACCCUGUGCAGCGUGAUCGGCGCCGGGGUGCUGUCGCUACCACUGGCGCUCUACUUCUCUUCCAUUGUAGUUGGGUUGGUUGUCCUACUCGUGUUCUCAUCCUUCGCGGCCUUUAGCGUGUACUGCCUUGUCGUGGGCUGCGACGCUACCGGGCGCUACUCCCUCACCGAGGUGAUUGCCUUUGCCCUCUACCCACCGCAGCUGUGGGAAGAGUACCUGCGCAAGCAAGGGACCGUCAAGGAGACAACGCGAAAAGGAGGAGAGCAGCAGGCGGCAGGGCAGCAGCACAUGCCCGCACCCGCUUCGUGUGGGGUGCGCAGCAGCAGUAGAAACAGAGAAAGCGACGUGACGACUCCGCAGCAAACCGAAGCGGCGACAACAAGCGCGGAUGCGAGGCAGCACAGUGAUCCAGGGAAGGGCGUGGCGAGCGACGAGAAAGAAAGCGAGGAUACCCUUCUGAGUCGUUACCGCCACGGCAACGAUGGAUACGGCCGCCGCCGACACGACGGCCAGUCAUGCGCGGAAGCCUCACAAAAGAGCGGACGCACAGAGCGCGAUCCAGAGGCCUCUUUCCUCGUCCCUUCGACGAGCACCUACGCUCGACUGCGCGACGCGUACGCGCGAGAAGAGUGGCACCGGCGCCGUUACCGCCGCGUCAUUACGGCACUUAUGGAACUCAUCGUCUUCUGCAGCAACUACGGCACCCUCGUGAUUUACUCCAAGGUGAUCGCCGAUUCCAUGCCGCCAGUUGUUUCGUACGUCACACACACGGACGGCUUCCUAGUGACCAAAUACUUCUGGCUUAUUACCGGCGGCGUCGUGUUUUUUGUCCUGAGCUGCUCUCGUAACAUGGAGGAGCUGAAGUGGUCCUCGCUGCUCGGCUUUCUGACGAUUUUAUACAUUGUUUUCCUUAUUCUCUACCGCUACCACACGCAGAAGCGGUACGACUAUCCGCACGUCGACCCGGGCAGCUAUGGCAAGGUGCACUGGCUCCGCUUCUCCGUUGGCGUGCUGCAGACAAUCUCGACGUUCGGGUUGGCGCUCAGCUACCACUACAAUGUGCCGUACCUCUACAAGGAACUGCAGGACCGCCGACCGUACCGCAUGAUGCAGUCCCUCGUGGUCGCCUUUCCCAUCGUGGUGGCCUGUUAUGCAGUCACCGGGGUCGUCGGCUACUUGACCUUUGGCAACCAGGUGGCGGCCCCGAAGGUGGGCGGCAACAUCGUCUCGAACUACCCAAAGAAGGACUUCUUAAUGAACAUUGGCCGCCUCGGCCUCUUUGUCCACUUUGCGUGCGUGUUUCCUGUUCUGUCAAUCUGCACGCGUCGCGGCUUGCAUCGGCUGACCAUGAUUGCCCUGACGUGGGCAGAGCAGUCAGCCCUGAUGAUGGAGGCUGCCAGGGCAUCGGGAGUGCAGCUGACGGAGGCUGAGCAAGGUGCAGAAGUGAACACAGCAACCGUGCCCUCGCCGUCCCUAACUGCAGUCUCCAGGAGCGGGAGUGACAUAGAGGACGGAGCUCAAGUAUGUGGUCACAUCUCUGGCGAGAGGUCUCCUCUACUGCAGAGGCGUGGCAUCCCCACACCCGGCUACGAGGCGUUUGCGAACAGCUCACCACCCCAUCUCGCCAUUUUUCGCCAGCAAUGCAACGCCGAGUCACCGCCAUCUGGGCGCCGUAUUCCAGCUCCAGCUGACAGCCCGUGGGAUUCUUUGUGCUCAGACGCCAGCGGGGCCGAGCAGGCGCACGCCUCGCAGCCCGGGUCGGGGCAGCUGGGCACUGUCGACGUGGAUCGCGACGUCGGCUCACCUGAUCAGACGACGAUGCUCGCCAUUGUGAUAGAGGCUGCCUUCCUAGUGAUCACAUCGGUGCUGAUCGCUGCGACUGUGUCGGGCAUCGACUUUGUGAUUCACCUGAUCGGAACCCUGUUCAGUAUUUUUAUUGUGAUGGUUGCGCCUGGGAUGGUGGGGUGGUGCGUGUUCUCACCAAGCGGCCCUUUCGGCUCUGCGUCAGCUGCCGUGGCCGCGUACAGCGGCGGCGACGGAAAGUUGUCUGGCGCCCCCGUAAGCGAUUUAUCCUCGCGUUUCCAGCUGAUUCGACUGAAACAGCUGAUGUGCCUCCUGAACGCCCUGCUGGGAGUGUGUGUGACGUGCGUCGGCAUUGCGACGCUCGUGUAUGAGACGUUUUGGGGAAAACCAAUACCGGCGCUGUGA